GAGCUCAAGCAAAAACUGUUGGAUGGUGUCGAUAUGGUGACGUCAGAUGAAACAAGAUGGCCUGCCAAACUGCACGGGCUUCCGGCACGUAUGGGAAAGCUGAAAACCUUAGAUCAAUUUGAUGCCGCGUUCUUUGGAAUACAUUCAAAACAAGCUCAUGUCUUGGACCCCCAGGCUCGGAUUCUUUUGGAAGUUACUUAUGAAGCAAUCGUGGACGCCGGAUACAAUCCAUCUGAAUUGAAAGGGAAUCGAGUUGGAGUAUUCGUAGGUGUGAAUGGAAGUGACACUGGCGCAUACUGGAGACAUAGUCCUGAUACAGUCAGUGCAUAUUGUGCGACGGGUGUGGAAAGAACCAUGCUUGCCAACCGAAUUUCGUACUUUUUUGACUUUAUCGGGCCCAGUAUGUGCAUCGAUACGGCUUGCUCUAGCAGUAUGAUGGCAUUUCAGAGAGCAUUCGCUUCAAUUAGAGCUGGUGAAUGCGAUGCUGCAGUGGUUGGCGGUUCCAAUGUUUGCCUACAACCUACAAUGUCUCUUCAGUACCAUCGACUAAAUAUGCUAAGCGAGGAAGGGAAGUGUAAAGCGUUUGAUCAGUCUGGUAACGGAUUUGUACGUGCAGAAGCGAUCAGUGCCAUAUUUUUGCAAAGGGCGAAAAAUGCGCGCCGAAUAUAUGCGACUAUUUUAGGAGCAAAGUCUAACACCGACGGUUACAAGGAGCAAGGAAUUACGUUCCCGUCGUGUAAAUUGCAAAGAAAACUAAUGGAAGAAGUAUAUAAUGAAUUCGGGAUUAACCCAGUGAGUGUGUCUUUUGUUGAAGCACACGGUACGGGGACUCAAGCAGGGGACCCUCAAGAGUUAAACGCAAUAGCAGAAGUACUUUGCAAAAAUCGUAAAGAACCGCUCUCCAUAGGGUCUAUUAAAAGUAAUUUGGGCCACUCUGAGUCUGCAUCGGGAGUAUGCGGUAUAGCGAAGGCUAUUAUUGCAAUGGAAUGCGGAAUUUUACCAAGGAACCUUCACUUCACUUCUCCAAAUACCCAAAUUGCCGCAUUGAGUGACGGAAGACUUGAGGUGGUUGCCCAAAAUAAGAAUUGGAGCGGAGGGAUAAUUGGGAUCAACUCCUUCGGAUUUGGGGGGGCAAAUAUUCACGUCGUACUACGUUCUAAUCCAAAAAGCAAGAAAGUCGCGGCUCCCGUAACGAUACCUCGUCUGGUGACGGUUUCAGGUCGAACACAUGAUUCUGUUUGUAAGCUAUUGGAUGGAGUGGAGCAAAACAAGCAUGACACUGAACUUAUGGCACUGCUUAACAGCGUGCACUCGCAUAAUAUAACUGGCCACGGCUUCCGAGGUUACCGUCUUCUAGGCAAGGAACUUGCACCAGAAAUCGCAAAUGUUACAUCUGAGAAACGACCCAUUUGGUACGUUUACACCGGUGUCGGAUGUCAGUGGCCCCACAUGGCUAAAGACAUGAUGAAAUUUGAAGAGUUCCGAAAUUCUAUUAGAGAAUGCGCUGCAAUUUUGAAACCAUACGGUGUAGAUGUGGAAGACCUUGUUUUGAAUAGCAGCGCUACUAGUUUGGAAAAUGUUGUAAAUUCUUUAGUGGCUAUUAAUGCUGUACAAAUUGCUUUAACUGAUUUCUUAAGUACAUUAGGAAUUAAACCAGAUGGCUUCGUAGGUCAUUCGGCAGGAGAACUUGCAUGUGCCUACGCGGAUCAAGGUUUAACCCGUGAGCAAACAAUAAAGUCGGCUUACCAACGCGGUGUGGCUCUUCUCGAAAAUAAUUUGCCGAAAGGAAAAAUGGCCGCUGUAGGUUUGUCAUUGGAAGAGUGUCAAAAGCGUUGCCCACCAGGAAUUGGGAUCGGAUGUCACAAUAGUAAAGACAACGUGACCAUAACGGGUCCGGAAAAUCUAGUUGAUGAUUUUGUUGCCAAGUUAACCGCCGACGGAAUCUUUUCCAGAACAGUACCGAGUGCCGGUUUAGCAUUUCAUAGCAACUACAUUGCAAAUGCUGUACCUGCUCUACAAAAAGCUUUUGAUGAAAUCAUCCCACAUCCAAAACCACGUAGUUCCAAGUGGAUUUCUUCGUCAUUUCCAGAGUCCGCAUGGGAUACUCUCGGUGGAAAGCUUUGUUCAGCCGAGUACCAUAUCACUAACGUAAUUGCACCGGUCUUAUUUUACGAGGCGAUUCAACACAUUCCUAAGAACGCUAUUGUAAUUGAAAUUGCCCCGCAUGGUCUACUGCAAGCCAUACUAAAGAGAACGCUUCAUUCUGAAUGCACAAACAUCAGCCUUGUUAGUAGAGCCGCUUCGAAUAAUGUAGAUUUCUUCUUAUCGGCGAUUGGAAAGAUAUUCAACGCUGGCGCCCAACCUCAAAUUGCACGAAUGUAUCCACCGGUACAAUAUCCAGUUGGUCGCGGUACCACAAUGAUUAACUCAUUGGUGGAGUGGGACCACUCAGAGAAAUGGACGGUUGUCAACUUUGCGGAACAAAGUUCAAUGUCGGGAGAAUGUAAAUAUAACGUAGACCUUACAAAGGAACUCGACCAAUUUCUAACCGGUCACAAACUUCAUGGGAAAAUUGUGUUUCCAGUAGCAGGAUACCUAGUAAGUACACUGACUUAUUUUAUCGCCAUGAUUUGA